CCGCCCCACCUCUCCGGCCCAGACCGGAAAUGAGGUCGGAGAGGGAAACCCUGGCGGGGAGCCUCGACCCAAAAAGCGGCGGCCGUCGGAGGUGGCUGCGGCAGCUGAUGUGGCCUCAUGGAUGAGCUGGUACAUGACUUAGCCUCAGCCUUGGAGCAGACAUCUGAGCAGAAUAAGCUUGGUGAGCUGUGGGAGGAGAUGGCCCUGAGCCCUCGGCAACAGAGGCGGCAGCUUCGGAAACGCCGAGGCCGGAAGCGUCGUUCUGACUUCACUCACCUGGCAGAGCAUACCUGCUGCUACAGUGAGGCCUCUGAAUCAAGUCUGGAUGAGGCCACUAAGGACUGUCGAGAAGUGGCUCUGGUCACCAAUUUUAGUGACUCGGAUGACACAAUGGUAGCCAAACGGCACCCAGCUCUCAAUGCUAUUGUUAAGAGUAAGCAACAUUCUUGGCAUGAAUCUGACUCCUUUACUGAAAAUGCACCUUGUCGGCCACUUAGGCGCCGGAGGAAGGUGAAGCGAGUGACAUCAGAGGUGGCUGCCAGCCUUCAGCAGAAGCUGAAGGUAUCAGAUUGGAGCUAUGAGAGAGGCUGCAGGUUCAAGUCUGCUAAGAAGCAGCGUCUGUCCCGCUGGAAGGAGAAUACUCCCUGGACCUCAUCAGGCCAUGGUUUGUGUGAAUCAGCAGAAAAUAGGACUUUCCUAGGCAAAACGGGAAGGAAAGAAAGGAUGGAGUGUGAAGCAGAUGAACAAAAACAGGGCUCUGAUGAAAACAUGUCAGAAUGUGAAACCAGCAGUGUGUGUAGCAGCAGUGACGCUGGGCUCUUUACCAAUGAUGAAGGACGACAAGGAGAUGAUGAGCAGAGUGACUGGUUCUAUGAAGGAGAAUGUGUCCCAGGAUUCACUGUCCCUAAUCUUCUGCCCAAGUGGGCUCCUGAUCAUUGCUCUGAGGUAGAAAGAAUGGAUUCUGGACUGGAUAAACUCUCAGAUUCCACAUUCCUUUUACCGUCUCGGCCAGCUCAAAGAGGGUACCAUGCUCGCUUGAAUCGUCUGCCUGGAGCAGCAGCUCGAUGCCUCAGAAAGGGGCGAAGAAGGCUGGUUGGGAAGGAGACCAGCAUAAGUACUUUAGGUACUGAGAGGAUAAGCCAUAUCAUUAGCGACCCUCGGCAGAAAGAAAAGAAUAAAGCGUUGGCUUCUGAUUUUCCUCACAUUUCUGCUUGUGCACAUGAGUUUAAUCCCCUCUCUCCUCUCUACUCCCUGGAUGUUCUUGCGGAUGCUUCUCACCGAAGAUGCUCACCAGCACACUGCUCUGCCAGACAGGCAAAUGUACACUGGGGACCACCAUGUUCACGUGACAUCAAGAGGAAACGGAAACCCGUGGCCACAGCAUCUCUGUCCAGCCCCAGUGCAGUUCACACGGAUGCAUUGGAGCCAACCACACCAGCAUCACAGGCCCCGAAAUCUCCAAACUCUGAGUGGUCGAUCAGGACCUCGGCAGCAGAGAAAGCCACAGACUCAACUACAGCUACGUUUUUUAAAAUGCCACAAGAAAAGAGCCCUGGAUACAGCUAGACAGCACUAUUUUACCCUCCAAGAGUUGACUGGGUGUUGUUGAAACAAAUGUUAGACUUUGUAUUAUAUAUUCUUGCGUAUCUUAACGGACAUUCCCUGUCCUUUCUGCCAGAACCGACUCCUCUUUAAACACAGCAGCGGACUCUUUCUCUUAGGAAAUCAUGUUGUGGGAAUCUUUUUUUUUUUUUUUAAUUAGUAAAGUAUUGAGGCAGCAAUUUUUUUUAACAAAAAGAUCAUCUGCUCUGUUACAUGAUUAUUGCUGUCCCAACAUUUACGUCCAGCUUCAUUCACAGAGCUGUUGCUUUUUUGCAGCUUUGUCUUUGUUCUUGAAAAACUAGUUAACUGCUUUUGUAUACCUUUUGUGUAGAGCUUUUAGUAUCAUUUGAGGAAGUCCCAAAUUUGUAGCCAGUUCCAGAAUUUAAAUACUGAGUUAAGGCCUGUAUGGAAUCGUGUUUACAGGAGAGAAGGCUUACCUUCGAGCCUAGUUUUGAUUCACUCAGAGUGCCAAUAAGGUAAAACAACCAAGUUCUCUCAAUUCGGGGCCUCAAAAGAGAAACCAGCAGCUUAGGCCUUGGGAACUUCUUCCAUUUUCUGCACAUGGUCUAACGGGAUCAGCAGCAGCUGCAUUGUAUUUUAUCUUGUCUCCAAAGUUUGUGUUCUACCAAGAGGACACACACAUACACACAGAUUGGUGUAGUGAAGAAAGUGGUUUAGAUAUACAGCAAACUUAAAAUAGUCAGUGGAUUGUGUUUUCCUACUUCAUGUCCCAGUGUAAGCCUUUAUGUCCUAAGUGGGACUUUAUUAGUAGUAUUUUAGGUCAAUAACAUGUAGCAGAAAUUCAUACUCUAUUAUAAUAAUGGCUUCUUGGGGCCAUGCUCUGGGGAGGAAAAAUGUCUCUGACAUGCCUUUA